GCCCCCUCCUUUUCACUUCCUGUAAACAAAGCAGCAGCUGUCUGUCAGAUUCCUGUGUUUUCGCUCAUUUUCUACACUAACUUUCAGCGUGUUUUGACGAUGGCUCAAGCCGGAGUCGUCCUGGACAAGGACCAGUUCAACUGCUCGAUAUGUCUGGACGUGCUGAGGGACCCUGUGACCAUCCCCUGCGGACACAGCUACUGCUCGAGCUGUAUCCAGAACUACUGGGACCAGGACGACUACCUGGGAGUCUUCGUCUGCCCGCAGUGCAGGCACAACUUCAACCCGAGGCCGGUGCUCGCCAGAAACACCAUGUUGGCUGACGUGGUGGAGAAAUUUAAAAAGACUGGACUCCAAGAGACCACGACGACGACGCCUGUAAAUCAAAGUUUCGCUGAGGCCGACGACGUGGAGUGCGACGUGUGCACCGGGAGGAAAAAUAAAGCUGUGAAGUCUUGUCUGGUGUGUCUGGCCUCCUAUUGUGACGUCCACCUCCAGCCUCACUACGAGUCCGCUGCUUUCAAGAAACACAAGCUGGUAUCGGCCUCCAAAAAGCUCCAGGAGACGAUCUGUGACCGACACGACAAGCUGCUGGAGGUGUACUGCCGCACCGACAAGCAGUGCAUCUGUUACCUGUGUCUGACAGAUGAACACAAAGGCCACGACACGGUGCUUGCUGAGACCGAAAUACAACAGAAGCAGAGGCAGCUUGGGGACAUGAAGCAGAGCUCUCAGCUGAGAAUUCAUCAAAGGGAAAAGGGAGUCCAGGAGAUCAGACAAGCCAUUUUCUCUCUCAAUCGCGCUGCUCGGGUAGCAGCUGAGGAGAGCGACGCAGUCUUUACAGAACUGAUUCGGUCUAUCGAGCUGAAGCGUUUCGAGGUGAGAGAGCUGAUCAAAGCCCAGGAAAAGACGGCCGUCAGUCAGGCCGAGCAGCUGCUGGAGAAGAUCCAGAAGGAGAUCACUGAGCUGAAGAACAACGAGGCUGAACUGGAUAAACUUUCCCUCACUGAGGACCACGUCCAUUUCCUUCAGAGUUGUCAGUCUCUCCAUGCUCCACCUGCGCUGUCAGCUUUGCCUUCGGUCACUGUUGACCCUAACCUCACCUUUGGCCCCAUGAUGGCAGCUGUGUCAGAUUUUAAAGGACUAUUGCAGGAGGUCUGCCAGGGAGGAUUCGUCUGCAUCUAUGAGAGAGUGAGAGAUAUAGUGAUCGUUAGUCCUCCAGAUCCUGCUGCACAGCUGGACACAACACAGCCCAGUGAUGGAGAAUCAGCUGUGCAAAUGGAAGCAACACUAGUGAUGCCUCCACAAGGCCUCGAACAAAGUCCUGUAAACCCUCUGAAUCCUUUCCUCUGUCCUGGAUCUGCUGUGCCCAGCUUUGCCUUCUCACCAUUUGGUUCUAAACUCUCCUCAGGAUCCCGACAGAGAAACCUUCAGCGACGGGCUCACCCCAGGAGGAAAUAGACUCGAAGUGGACAUCCAACUCAAAAUUUCAAAUGCAGAUACACAGGCUGAUUGUAAUUAAACCUCAGUGAUCUUCUCUCACAAAUCUGUACUGAUACUUGUGAAUUUUACAUUUAAUAAUUCAUCUUUUCACAUUCAUUUAAUUGUUAUGUUUUCACCUAUCAGCUAUACUAUACAGGUGGGAAAGAGAUGACGACAUUUACUUAAAAUAUUAAGCAGUGCAGGACUGACUUAUCACAUCUUAUUUCAGUAUUUGUAUGAAAAUUGCCUUGAAAUUUAGUGACGUUGUAGUUGUUUUUUAACAGUGUUAUGCUUUUAUAGUAUUUUUAAUUUUUUAACAAAAACCACAAUACAACAAUUUUGCUUUGCUGAAACAUGUAAUAAUAUAUUGUGAUUUGUGAAAUGCUGUCAUUAGAACAACAACAAUACACUUGUACAAACUAGA